CUUAUUCAAACCAUAAGUGCAGUAGACAAAGACGACCCUCUUGGUGGACAAAAAUUUUUCUUCAGUUUAGCUGCCGUUAACCCUAACUUCACUGUUCAGGAUAAUGAAGAUAACACUGCCAGAAUUUUGACACGAAGGAAUGGCUUUAGUCGACAUGAAAUAAGUACUUACCUUCUACCAGUGGUGAUAUCAGACAAUGACUACCCCAUCCAGAGCAGCACUGGCACGCUGACCAUUCGGGUGUGUGCCUGCGACAGCCGGGGGAACAUGCAGUCCUGCAGCGCCGAGGCCUUGCUCCUCCCUGCUGGCCUCAGCACGGGGGCGCUGGUUGCCAUCCUCCUCUGCAUCCUUAUCCUGCUAGUUAUAGUGGUGCUGUUCGCUGCUCUAAAGAGGCAACGAAAGAAGGAGCCUUUGAUCCUCUCGAAGGAGGACAUCAGAGACAACAUUGUGAGUUAUAACGAUGAAGGCGGUGGAGAGGAGGACACGCAAGCCUUUGAUAUUGGCACACUGAGGAAUCCUGCGGCUAUCGAAGAUAAGAAGCUUCGUCGAGACAUUAUCCCUGAAGCGUUGUUUGUGCCACGGAGGACUCCUUCAGCACCAGAUAACACAGAUGUCCGAGAUUUCAUUAACCAAAGGCUAAAGGAGCACGAUACUGAUCCUUCUGCACCACCGUAUGACUCGCUUGCAACCUACGCCUAUGAAGGAAAUGAUUCAAUAGCGGAAUCCUUGAGCUCCUUAGAGUCUGGUACUACUGAAGGAGACCAAAACUAUGAUUAUCUCCGAGAAUGGGGCCCUCGGUUUAAUAAGCUAGCUGAAAUGUACGGUGGAGGAGAAAGUGAUAAAGACACUUCUUAACCUACAGUAGGCUACAUUAUUUUUUCCUUUGAGCGGAAGUAAUUUUACAGACACCUUCUGCACUCAACAGUAUUUAACAUUCAGGAAAAUUUUCCUGCCACUCAGCACAAUUGUUUCCUUUUAAAAUUUUUUAAUUUGUCCAUUAAUGUCAUUCAUUCUUUCUAGUAGGAUGCCACUUUGAAUAUAAACAGCAUUUUAUUUAAUCACUUUCCAAGAGCCAAAGCUAUGGAAAUUCAGUGUUGUCCAUUUUAGUAAGUAAA